GGCUCCGCCACCACCUCCCAUUUCCUCUGCCCUUUCGCCUACCGCCCCGCCUCCCACUUUCCCUUCCCUCGCAGUCAUGGUGUCGCGUCGCGGGCCACCACCUCGGCUGGUGCGGCCCUCGGCCCUGCUGCUGGUGCUGGCUUGCCUUCUCGCCCCCCUCCUCCUCGGCGCCGGGAUCGGAAGCGCCCUGCCCACCCCCACCGCCGCCGGCGACCGGACUCUCGCCUUCCAGGACACGCAUCCUUCUGGCGAGGACAUGUCCAUCAGCAACCUCUUCUGCCCCCCUGGAUCGUCGCUUCACAACUUUUCCUGUCGCAAGUGCUCGAUUGCCGGGUGCAAGACAUGCACCUGGUUCCAAGGGCCCGAGCAGUGUCACGCCUGUUUGGAUGGCUUCUCCUCCGAUCUCCCAUGCACUCAAUGCCCGAGCCUCUGCAAGACCUGCAGCCUGAGCCUCCACUGCACGGCCUGCAAUCCCGGGGCCCUCCUUCACCGGGACACCGGGACCUGCCACAGCACCUGCCCGGAGGGCACCUUCCCCGAGGGGGACUUCUGCCAGGACUGUGGCUCCGGCUGUCAGCGAUGCUCCGGCUCCGGGACCUGCGACAAGUGCCACCAGGGGGUCAGCUACUUCGGUAGCUGCGUUGCCGCCUGCCCGGAGGGGUUUGGCCUGGAUGCCACGGGACUCGUGUGUCAAGCCUGCCCGGCCGGGUGUCUUUCCUGCUCGCAGGCCGCCAUCUGCCAGGUCUGCCUGCAGGGGCAGUUCGAGCACCAGGGCGGCUGUGUGGCAGCCUGCCCUGCCGGCACCGCGCCCAAUGCCGAGGGGACUCGGUGCCUGCCCUGUCCGGACAUGUGCACGGCCUGUACCUCGGCCGCCACCACAUGCACCGCUUGCGCUCCGGGGAUGCUGCUCUUCAACUUCCGCUGCGUGGCAAGCUGCCCGGCCGGCUUCUACUCGGAUGGGCGGUCCUGCCUCAGCUGCAACCUCAACAACUGCCAAGAGUGCGCCCUGCCCUCUGGCGGGUCGUCGACUCCGGUGUGUCUCUCCUGCCGCGGGGACACCAUCCUCAGCCUGGAUGCCCGGAUGUGUCUGAGUGCCUGCCCGAGCGGGCAGUCGGCCCACAUUACCGAGGGCGUGCAUCAGUGCGCCGCCUGCCCGCAAAAUUGCGCCACCUGCUCCAGCUCGCCGGCCGUGUGCGAUGCCUGUCAGGCGGGCUACUUCCUGUCGAUGGACAGGUGCACGGCCACCUGCCCGACGGACCAGUUCGCCGAUUCGACUUCUCGGACCUGCCGGGCAUGCCAUGCCUCCUGCCGGACUUGCUCCGGCCAGGCGGCCGACAAGUGCACCUCCUGCCAGGAGGGCAUGGUGGUCGAGGAGCCCGGGCCGGCUGGCCGGUGUGUGCCCGACUGCUCGGACCCGGGCGCCUGUCCCAGCGGGUGCUCCGAGCAUUGUACCUCCUGCCGGGUGUCCCCGGGCGCCACGGAUCCCACCGACACCACGUGCCUGUCUUGCGACACGCCCUUCCUCCUGGAUGGCGGUGCCUGUGUGGAGACCUGCCCUCCGGGGCAUGCCAGCGCCGGAACCGGGGCCUGCUUCUCCUGCCACCCAUCGUGCGCCGCCUGCACCGAGGGCUUCACCGCCUCCCAAUGCACCGCCUGCCCAAGUGGCAAGUUCCUCCAGCAGGGCUACUGCCUGGAUGAGUGCGAUCCCGUUGGCUGGUUCCCGAGCACGACCAGCCAAUGUGCCCGGUGUCAUGGGUCUUGCCUCCAAUGUGCCGGCUUGACGGCCACCCAUUGCACCCGAUGCCCGCGUGGACGACGGCUACUCCCCGCGGCCGGGUCCGAUGACCAGAACCCGCUGGGGUCCUGUGUCGAGCGUUGUCCCGAUGGCUGGCACAGCAAUUCCACCGGCACCAGCUGCCUGCGGUGUGAUGCCAGCUGUGGCACCUGCUCCGGGCCGGCGGCCAGCCAGUGCACCUCCUGCCUGGCUGGGGGGAAUCUCCACGCCGGGCAAUGCCUUGCCGAGUGCCCGGCCCGGUUCUUCCCGCAGCCGUCCACCUCCGGCACUUGGAAUCGGUGUGCCGCCUGUACGGCCGGCUGUGAGAUGUGCACCGGCGACACGGCGGCCCUAUGCGUCGCCUGCCAGCCGGGGUUCUUCGCGGUCGAGGGGGUUGGCUGUCGGGAGGUUUGUCCGGCUGGCCAGCUGGCCGACCCGGCCACCCGGCGAUGCAUCCCCUGCGCGGCUUCCUGCGCGGAGUGCCGCGGCUCGCCGGACUUCUGCACCCGCUGCCCGGCCGGGCAGGUGCCGAGCAUCAGAUCCGGCCAAUGCCAGGCCACCUGCGAGGCGGAUGAGAUCCUCCAAGCCGGCGCCUGCCAGCCCUGCCACCCGAGCUGCUCCGCAUGCCAGACACCGAACUCCCAUUCCAGUUGCACCGUCUGCCAGGACAACACCUUCCACCUGGAUGGCACUUGCCAUGGGAGCUGCCCGGCGGGCUUCUUCCCGGCGAAUGGGCCCUGCUCCGGGGCCGGCACCGGUUCUGCCCUGCUCGGUGCCAUGGCGGCCGAGAGUGGGGGGGGCACCUGCUGUCGGUGUUCGCUGGAAUGUGACACCUGUGCUGGCCCGGGCAACAGGCAGUGCACCCGGUGCCCGGCCGGCAAGCUGCUUCACGAGGGCACUUGUCUUACGGCCUGCCCGGAGCCUGGCUUUUUCCCCGAUCUCGACACCGGCCGCUGCUCCAAAUGCAGUGCCCUCUGCGAUGUGUGCCCUGGGGGCCCGGGCACGUGCGAGCAGUGCAAGCCCGGGGCAUACAUGUUCACUGGGCUGAAGCCCGACCCCCAGGCCAAGGCUGGCUCCCGGGCUUCGGAGGACGUCUCGCCCAUGGUCAGCCAUGCCAUGUGCACCUCCGUCUGCCCUGGGGGCUGGUAUCCCGACAACCAGUACAUGACGUGCGAGCUGUGUGCCACGGAUUGCAUCCAGUGCUCUGGGCCCACCGACCUGGACUGCCAAGUUCGCCAGUGUGAUACCGACAACAGCUGCUCCUCCAAGACACGCUCCUCCCUGGCCAUUGGGCUGUCUGUUGGCCUGCUACUGCCGAUCAUCAUCCUCGGCAUCGUGGUGUGGAUUGUCCUUCGCCGCCGGCGCCAGCCCCAGCCAAAGGCCGAGGAGGCCCCCCCCUCGCCCGAUAUGGCCGAUAUGACGAUCCUGAACACCAUCGUCGAUCUCUCGCUUCCGGGCUUCACGCAAAUUCGGAUCGGCGAGGAUGUCAAGGUUCUCGGGGAGGACUCGGAUCUCGGGUCUGGCGCCCAUGCGUCCGUCAAGAAGGCUCGCGUUUUCAAGCCGCUGCUGCUGCAGCGCGUUGGCCAGGACUUUGUGGCCGUCAAGUUCUUCACCGAUGACAUCUCCCCUCGACUGCUGCAGUCGAUGUUUGAGAUGGAGGUAUCCACCCUCUGGGCACUCCAAAGCUCGCCCCAUGUCGCCACUCUGUACGGCUACUCCGAAAGCCCCAAGGCUUUGGUGAUGAAGCUGUACGACUCGAACCUCAGCCAGCUUCUCCACAGCUCCGAAGGCCCGGGCGACAUCAGCUUGCCGAUCGUCAAAAGCCUGGCCACCCAGAUCAUCUCAGGUCUGGCGUAUGUCCACUCGCAGGGGAUUGCCCACCGCGACUUGAAGCCGGGGAAUAUCUUCCUCCACAUGGACCCCGAGACGGGCGGCCUGAAUGCGUGCCUCGGGGAUUUCGGCCUUGCCCAGUCAGUCGAUCGGUCGUCGACCCUGACCUCGACCAUCUUCGCCCGCGGGGCCAGCCUCUCCUAUGCUCCUCCGGAGGUCCUCGAGCAGCUCCUCACCAAGACUCCCCUGGGUGAUGCCUCUCGCAUGCAGCUCUUCGCCGCCGAUAUCUAUGCUCUCGGCAUCAUCCUUUGGGAGCUGGUCUCCACCAAGAAGGCCUGGUCCGGCUGCCCCCGCGACGACCUGAUUCAGGGCGUCCUCCGUGGCGAGAGGCCGCCAACCACUCAGGUCGCCAUUCGCUACCCCUGCACCGACCCGACGGUCUUCCUCAUCAUCGGCCUUGCGACCUCGUGCUGGACACAGAGUUUCAAACAACGGCCGAUGGCCUCAUCAGUUGAGACACUGGUCAGGCAGUAGGGACAUCACGUGAAGCGCCCGGCCAUGUUCGCCCAGCCCACAACCCCUCCCGGUUGAUGGGCCAUCCGGCCCUUCUCCAUGAGUCUUUCUCCCUCUCCCCCCCUAGAAGAGAGGGGGUCAGAGAGGAUGGGGAG